UGCUAACUUCCUGUUUGAGGGCGGAAGUUGAGCCUCUAGCUUCCGCUUGGCGGUUUGUUGACAUUAGCCGGCUGGCGGUGUGAGGUUAUUGUUCGCAAUGGAUCGGAAAAAACGAUUUACUUUUCAAAGGGCAGUCGGUGGUAAUAACCACCAUUGUUGUGUGCCACUUUGUACAGCCGGGGGGAGAUUCAACAAAGUUUUGAGCUUUCAUAGUUUCCCAAAGGAACCUACUUUACGCGCCCAGUGGCUUGUGAAAGUCAGAAGAGAAGGUUUCACCCCAACCACCAGCUCUAGAGUGUGUAGUCGACACUUUGAGCAAGAAGACAUAGUUAUCUCUUCUGUUGGAAAGCGGUGUCUUCGACCAAAUAUUAUUCCAUCCUUGUUCGGUUGGAAUAAUUACACCAAAAAAACUCAACGGCCCGGAGUUUGGGAUCGCCGGCCUCGAGCAACCCAGGCUUUGGACCGCGCCCCCGAGGAUGACCCCACCCCCGAGGAUGACUCCACCGUGGAGAUGGAAGUGGGUGAAAACAGUGUCUCUGGAUGUACCGAGUUGGCUUCGACACCUCUGAUGGAAGACCACGAUUACACAGCCAGCUCUUUCAUCGUGGUCGACCGUGAGAAAUUUGAGAGCAUGUCGAGGCAGAUCGAGGAGCUCACACGGCAGAUCGAAACACUGCACAUGGAGAGAUUUGGAUUGCAACGGUUUUCUACAUCACCAAGUGACAUUCGCUACUAUACCAGAUUUCCAUCAUAUGAACAUUUGAUGGCUUUUUGGGAUCUAAUUCAAGAGGCAACAAGCAGAAUGGUGAGAGUCACCAGUGGUCAGAAGAACCUCUCCACCAGUACAUCCACUGAGACCCCUAUGAACAGACCAACAAAACUGCUGCCAAUUGACGAGCUCUUCCUCUUCCUCAACUACCUGUCAACCGGGUGUACACAAAGGGAGCUUGGUCACAAGUUCAAUAUCCACAGAGCAACAGCAAGCAGAAUAAUUGUGACGUGGUCCAACUUUUUGUAUACUUUGCUCGGAUCGCUCUCCAUCUGGAUGACCAGCAGAUCAGUGAGAGAAAACUGCCCCACAGAUUUCAAUGGGACCUAUGAGAACACCCAGGUCGUCCUUGACUGCACAGAGAUGAGAUGCCAAGCCCCUACCUCCCUUCUGCUUCAAAGUGAGGUAUUCUCCGCCUACAAGUCGCACUGUACCUUCAAAGCACUUAUUGGCAUGUCCCCCCAUGGAGCAUUGACAUUUGUGUCAGCACUUUUUGAAGGCUCCAUCAGUGACAAGGAGAUUUUCCGUCACUCCGGCAUCACCUCUCUCCUAACACCCGACAUGGAGGUUAUGGUAGACAAGGGGUUUUUGAUUGAUGAGCUAGUUUCUGGGAAAGUGCAUCGCCCUGCUUUUAUGCACAAACAGGAGCAAAUGUCAGAGGUAGACAUCCUUAAAACCCAGUCGAUUGCACGCCUGAGAGUCCACGUGGAGAGGCUCAUUAGGAGGGUCAAAGAAAACAAACUUUUUGACACGGUCAUCCCUCUCUAUUUGUGGCAGUAUAAAUCAACUGUUCACUGUUGCAUGUCUCCUCUCCAAUUAUCAGUACGGACCCCUGGUCAAGAAAUGGAUGGUCUGAUUUUCUGGUCUUUUUCAAAAUAA